AUGAUGAUGAAACUCUUGGCCAUGGCUAGUGCCCUCGCUCUUGCAGCGGGGAAUACAUGCUACGAGGAGGCUCCAUUUGACUGCCCUGAGGAUACUUAUUGUACCAGUUGGAAUGAUGGGUGCAACGAGUGUGGGUGUGGAUCCCCUGAUGGAGCUGCCUUUUGUUCCAUGAUGAUGUGCCCUUGUUACAAUGACAACAGUUGUGUUCCUACGUGCAAUGACAAUGAUCAGUGUGUUCCUAAAGCUACCGCCGUUGCUGAAGAAACCCCCGCUGUGGACAGCAAAGAAGGAGAAGCUGGAAACACAUCAUGCUACGAGGAGGCUCCCUUUGAUUGCCCCGAAGAUACCUAUUGUACCAGUUGGUCCGAUGGGUGCAAUGAGUGUGGGUGUGGGUCUCCUGAUGGGGCUGCCUUUUGCACUUUGAUGACAUGCCCUUGUUAUGAUGAUAACAGUUGUGUCCCUACGUGCAAUGACAAUGACCAGUGUGUUCCGAAAGCUACCGGAACUGCUGCUGCUGCCGCCGUCGAAACGCCCGAUGUGGACAAUGAUGAAGACGAAGAACCACUUCCCACACAUCCAUUUGAUUGUGCCGCAGGAUCCACCUGCACGGAAUGGACCGAUGGUUGCAACAACUGCCGCGCGGCUGGUGCCGACAAUGCUUUAGCGGCAUGUACCGAGAAGUACUGUCCUUGCUACGACGAUGACAGCUGUGUGCCAGUGUGCUUUGACAAUGCUCUUUGUGUGCCAGCCACUGUAUUAUUGAGCAGCAAUGGCGUCGCCUCGUUCGUGGUUGACUGGCUUCCUGUCCUGCUUGUGCCCGCUGUAGCAUUGGGUUUGUAG